CAAGAGAGAAAGCAGAGAGAGAAUGAGAGGAAGAGAGGGGACAUGAGGGUAAAUAAAUAAAACACCCAAAGAACACACUGAUCCUCUCCACGUGAUGCACAUUGAGUACUGGGCAAUCCAAAGAGAGAGAGAGAGAGAUGGGGCAAAACCACACAGAGACAGAUGUGGAUGUUUUUGAGAAGGCUGGAUUCUAACACAGAGGACUGUCCUGAUUUCUAGAAGAGCCAGUGAGUGCUGCACGUCUCCACAGUUCAACAUGGCUAAGUGGGACUCAAAACUCAAACUGUUACUUCUCAUCCAUCUCUUACUAUCUGACUUGGCAUUUGGCAAAGCUCCAUUCCCUCAAAGCAACCCGAAUCCUUCAAUCGCCACAAAAACCUCUCAAUCUGCGCAAGUAGAAUCCCAAGAGGUCGAAGAUGCUCUCUCGGCCGCCCACGAGUUGGUCUCCAACCUCUCAACGUCUCUGCAAGGUCAUCUGGAUCUUCAAAGCAAUGCAAGCUGCGCCGAGCUAGCUAAUGGAGGCUGGAGAGGAAGCGCAUUCUCUCAGGAGCUUUUAGGCUUGACAAUGGUACCAGUGUUGGUGUCAGCAGGAUGUUUGUUUGAAGCCCAGGAUUUGGUAAUGCAGCUUUACGCAGAUCUGGGCCAAAAUGAUACACACGAUUUUUUGGAUGACAUAGUGAUGCUUAUCAAAAGAGGUGAAAAGAGAGAAUCUGCACAUGCCAACGGCUUCCAAACCAUACGCAAAUCACAGCACCACCUACAGGCUGUUUUAUUCAACAUCAAUCAGCUUGCUGGGGUGGAUGAGAGAGCUGCUGUUUAUAACGGUAAAGUGUGGCAGUGCAAGAGGUGGUUGAUGGUAAAAGCCUCCAACUUACAGGGUCAAGCCACAGAACAGAUUAAGCCACUGAGUCUUGAGGAAGCAAAACAGGCUUGUAGAAGAAUGGGAAUCCAAUGUGCAGGAUUGAGGCGUGAUUCAGACUCUUAUCGCAUUAUCUUAAGACCUGGAAGUCGCAUUGUGCCUUCAUCUAACUCCGAUAGCUGGAUUCAGGAUUGCAAGUUUGGGUCUGCACGUUGGCGCCGAAAUGGGGUUCCUCGACAUCGCUGCGUAAAUGAAAAUGAAAAGCGAGUGUAUAAGGUCGUGGAGUGGAUUCCUGCAGUCUCUACGCUUUAUAAUCUGGGAACGGCUGUUUACUAUGCUUCAGUCAACUGUUAUGGGACUGCAAAAGAGAGAGCAAUCUUUACCACUGUGGAUCUGAGCACGGACGCCCUCAUGGCCAUGACUGGGGGAACCGCAGGGGUUGCUGGUUAUGCGCUGGGGGCUGGUUUAAAAACAGGUGUGAAGGCCGGGAUUAAAUAUAUGCUAAACAACAUGAAGGAGGAAGAGGACCUGCUAAUGAACCAGAACAGUUGGGUGAAUGGAGGUCUCACUGACUAAUAGAGUGCAUAACUGUCUGUUUCCGAAUAUAUUUCUCUGAUUUAUUUUUCGCACAGUGAUUUAAAAAAAGAGUCUUCAUAAAAGCAUUAAGAUACAUAAACAAGCCAACUAGCAAUGACGAGAAUCACAACAUUACUCUGAAGCAGAGACAUACACUCACCGGCCACUUCAUUAGGUAAACCUUACUAGUACCAGGAUUGAUGAGUACACUGUGGUCAUAAAGGAAUGUACAUGGUCAGCAACAAUGCUCAGGUAGUUUGUGGCAUUGACAUGAUGCUCAGUUGGCACUAAUAGGCCCAGUGUGUGCCAAGAAAAUAUCCCCCACACUGGCACCAACAACAAUGCCACGUUCAAAGUCACUUAAAGCACCUUUCUGAUGCUCGGUUUGAACUGCAGCAGAUCGUCUUGACCAUGUCUACAUGCCUAAAUGCAGUGAGUUGCUGCCAUGUGAUUGGCUGAUCAGAAGUUUGCGUAAACAAGCAGUUGGAUAGGUGUACCUAAUAAAGUGGCCAGUGAGUGUAUAUGAAAAUAGAACAAAAAGACAAUACUUGAUGCAAUCCAAAAGGGGCAUAUCAUCAAUUGAACAGCACUUUGGAGUGAGAGCAAUUAUGUCUGCCAUAUUGAAAUUUCUUUCCAAAUCGAAGUGCUACUUGGGGAAAAAUGGCCAAUUGGAAUGCAGGAUUUAGUAAGGUAUAACUGAUGGCCACUUCAGGCCUCCAUGUUCUUUUCCUUAGAGAUGUUGUCGGAUGUCAAAUAGUGUUUCCUAUCUGGAAGGGCUCAUCCCUAUGACCUAAUCCUUUUGAAACUGUAAAUCCACAGGGUAAACCCUUCGAAGGAAUUAGGGCAUAGGCAUGAGCACUUCUGGAUAGGACACAGUGAAUGUGUACUUUAUUGUCUCGGUUCUAUAGUGCUAUAUGCCACUUUCUAUCUUGUUAAUGUUCCCAGAUAUCCUUCAAAUCUAAAAGGUGUUUAACCAUUGCAUGCAUCCGAAGUCUGUACACUAUUUGCAGAUUCAGUUUGUAGCUGAAGAAUUGUAUAUUGUUAAAAAGUCAUUUAUUUUAUCCUACUAAAAAUAAACUGUGUCUGAUCUGCAGCUUAAUAUUUUAUGUAUGUUUUUGUCAUGGUAUUAGCACAUUUUUAAAUAAAAUAAUAAAAUUA